UGUUUUUUGUUUCUAGUGAAGAUCAAAAGACAUUUUGUAACUAAUUUGCCGCCAAAUUCACUAUUUAAAAGUCAUUCCGUGGAAAUCCGCCCUAAAGGACUCAAUCAGAAACAAAACCGAAAGUCAGGGUGAUCUAAUACAAAAUGUCAGGGGCUAACAAAACUGUUUCAGAAGUUCAAAACCUAAAUCUAAGCGAGAAACGUGUUGGUUAUUUAGAAUGGGAAGAUUACUUUAUGGCUAUUGCCUUUCUAUCAGCUCAGAGGAGCAAAGACCCCGUUACUCAAGUUGGAGCUUGCAUUGUAAAUAGUGAUAAAAAGAUUGUAGGUAUUGGUUAUAAUGGUAUGCCUACUGGGUGUAGUGAUGAUAUAUUACCAUGGGGAAGGGAUGGAGAAACACUUUGUGACACAAAACGAGCAUAUGUUUGCCAUGCUGAGCUUAAUGCUGUGCUAAACAAGAAUAGCUCUGAAAUUAAAGGAUGUACAAUUUACGUGGCUUUGUUCCCUUGCAACGAAUGCGCCAAAGUUAUCAUUCAAUCCGGGAUAAAAGAAGUUGUUUACUACUCCAAUAAAUAUGCUGAUAGAAUGAAAACGAAAGCAUCAUUUCGAAUGUUGGAUUUAGCAGGAAUUAAACACAGACAGCACACACCCAAACAGAAGCAGAUUGUAAUUAAUUUCGAAGACAUCAAUAAAAAUGUGUCACCACCAGGUGAAAGUUAGGGGUUAAUUAGGUCUUAAAACUAUGACAGAUGGUGGAGGAAGACUAACGACUUUUGAGAUUUAUUUAUUAGUUUUAUGUAUAACAUAAACACUUAACUUAUACAAUAACGAUAGGCAAAUAAUUAACCUUUGAUGAUAAAUCUGCAAAGUGGAUAUACAUCAAAACUGUCAGUCCGUGCUGCAUAUAGAAAGCAGGGCGACGUCGACGAAGGGACGCUCCGAAAUAUAUAGGUGAAUGAAAAUUCAUAAAAAUUGUGAAAUUUUUGCACUCUUUUAGAAGUAUGGUAAACAUUUUUAUUGUA